GCGGAAGUUGCUCUGUAAAGCCGAGGCCUCUGAUUUCCAAUGGCGAGAGAGAACUGUCCGAACAGAAAAGCCGAAUUAAAUCAAUAUUAAAUUAAUAUCUGUGCGGACAAACCGGACUCGGAGUUAGUUUGUGAAAUAUAACAUUAGCGGAGCUGCGAUGGACAGACGCGGGGCUGUUUCUCCCCUCGAAUCCGAGCUUUAUUUCCUAAUUUCUCGCUUUUUGACCACCGGUCCCUGUCGGAGAGCGGCGGAGGCUCUUGUUAGUGAACUGGAGGAACAUCAGCUUCUUCCACGCAGACUGGAUUGGGAAGGAAAUGAACAUCCAAGAUCAUAUGAAGACUUAGUUGCCGCCAACAAGCAUAUCGCCCCAGAUCACCUGCUGCAGGUGUGCAGGCAGAUCGGCCCGGUUCUGGACAGGGAGGUGCCGUCCGGUGUUUCAGGGGUGCGCUCUCUUUUGGGGACAGGUAGACACUCAUUACUGCGUACAGCUAAAGAUUGCGGCGGGAGUCGAUGGAAAAGCUCGUCCUUCGCCGCGCUCCACAGAGGGAGACCGCCGGAGAGGCCUCUAAGCUGCAGGGACGCCCCGAAUUUGGUGGAGGUGUGUCGAGGCCGCGAGCUGACGGGAACACAGCGCUUCAGCUUCGUCCAUCCUGUUAGCAACUAUCAGCACUUGAAGAUGCACAGGAGAAUUCUGGGACAUCUCUCCGCCGUUUACUGCAUCGCCUUCGACCGAACGGGAUCCAGAAUUUUUACGGGUUCAGAUGAUGCCUUGGUGAAGAUCUGGUCCUCUUUUGACGGGAGGCUGCACUCCACCCUGCGAGGACACCAUGCUGAGAUAUCAGACCUCGCUGUAAACCAGGAGAACACGCUGAUCGCAGCCGGGAGCUGCGACAAAACCAUCCGCGUCUGGUGCCUUCGUACCUGUGCCCCGGUGGCAGUCUUGCAGGGCCACAGUGGAUCCAUUACCUCUUUACAGUUUUCUCCGUUUGCCAAGGGCUCGAAAAGGUACAUGGUUUCCACAGGAACUGAUGCUACUGUCUGCUUCUGGCAGUGGGACGUCAUUAACACCAGUUUCAGCGAUCGUCCACAGAAGUUCACAGAAAGGCCGCGGCCUGGUGUUCAGAUGGUGUGCUCCUCGUUCAGCCCCGGUGGGGUGUUCCUGGCUACGGGCAGCACCGAUGAUGUCAUCAGGAUUUAUUAUUUGGGCAGUGGGAGUCCGGAGAAGAUAGCAGAGCUCGAUUCACACACGGACAAAGUGGACAGUAUCCAGUUUUGUAAUACAGGAGAGAGGUUUGUGAGUGGAAGUUGUGACGGCACGGCUCGUAUCUGGCGCCUCCAUCAGAAGCACCAGUGGAGGAGUAUUUUACUGGACAUGUCCGCUACGCUGCCAGGCUCUGGGCCAACAACAGAAGAAGAGAACUUCUUCAAACCCAAGGUUACCAUGGUGUCAUGGGAUCGCCACGACAACACGGUCAUCACUGCUGUCAACAAUCAUCUCCUCAAAGUGUGGAACUCCUACACAGGGCAGCUGCUGCACAUCUUAAAGGGUCACGAGGCUGAAGUGUUCGUGCUGGAGCCUCAUCCGUACGACCCCCGAGUCAUGCUUUCUGCAGGGCAUGAUGGGAACGUUUUCAUAUGGGACCUUGUGAAAGGCACCAAGAUUCAGCAUUACUUUAACAUGAUUGAAGGUCAGGGACACGGUGCUGUGUUUGACUGCAAGUUCACCCCCGACGGUCAUCGCUUCGCCUGCACGGACUCUCACGGUCAUCUGGUGAUUUUUGGAUUCGGGAGUUCCAAGCCUUACGAAAAGCUUCCAGAUCAGGUGUUUUUUCACACGGACUACCGGCCGUUGAUCAGAGACUCCAACGGGUUCGUGCUGGACGAGCAGACCCAACAGGCUCCUCACCUCAUGCCUCCCCCCUUCCUGGUCGAUGUGGACGGGAACCCUCAUCCCCCCCGAUAUCAGAGGCUGGUGCCUGGCAGGGAGAACUUCGCAGAUGAACACCUGGUUCCUCAGCUGGGCUAUGUUGCGACGAGUGACGGCGAGGUGGUGGAGCAGGUGAUCAGUCAGCAGCCGGCUGAGAGUGAGGAUCCUCAGGCACGCCGCAGUGUUCUGGACGACGCUAUCCGCCAACUCCAGGAACAACAGGACCGGCAGGCUGGAGGACCUGCUGUACCCGCCGCGAUAGGAGCACCAGGAACCCCCAGGAGAGUGUCUCUGAGUGAGCGUAUGGAGGUUCAGUCUCCUCCUAAUGUGGGGCUCCGGCGCAGCGGGCAGGUGGAGGGAGUGCGGCAGAUGCAUCAGAACGCCCCCCGCAGUCAGAUGGCCACAGAGCGGGACCUGCAGGCCUGGCGAAGGAGGGUGGUGGUGCCUGAACUCACUCGCAGUGCGUACAGGUCUCAGGACUCUUACAGGAUAGCGAAGGGCGAGGAGGAGAUCACACUGUACAACACUAAAAAACGCAGAAUAACCCACAGCACCUUUAGGGAUGACUCUGAUGAUGAGGGAUUGUGCACUAAGCGAACGCCGUCUCGUAAACGCCGCAGACGGCUGGAGAGCAGAGACAGCGUGGAGGAGUUUGUAGAGCACUCCUGUGAGGAGGGAGAGGAGACCGCGUCCUCUGAGAAUAAUGAGAUGGAAGGCAGUGAGAUGGAUUCUUCGAAUGAAGAAGAAGAGGAGGAGGAAGAAGAGGAGUGGAGAAGUGACAGUUCAAGCCACUCCUCCAGUGAGUACUCGGACUGGACAGCCGACGCUGGAAUCACAGUCAAUCCGGGCCUGUCCUCCCGAAGACGUGCUCGCAGACAAAUCAGCAGUUCUGAUGAUGAUGAGGAUGAGGAAGAGGAGGAGGAAGAGGAAGACAACACAGCCGAGGAGGAGCAAACAGAGCAAACGCAGGAUGAAGAAGUGCAGUCGUCUUCACCUCAGAAACAGAAGAAAAAAACGAAAAGCAAAACGCCGAAGUCCCCGAAACCGAGGCCAUCUAUGAACAGAGAGGUGUCCAACGAGUUCCGCCCCUCUGCCUGGAUCACUGACGUCGUUCCUCGGAAAUCGCCCUUCGUCCCACAGAUGGGAGAUGAGGUGAUCUACUUCCGUCAGGGUCAUGAGGCGUACGUGGAGGCCGUGUGCAGGAGUAAUCUGUACCCCAUCAACCUCGACAAGCAGCCGUGGAGGAGGAUGGAGCUGAGAGACCAAGAGUUUGUUAAAAUAACUGGGAUCAAAUACGAGGUGUGCCCUCCGACCCUCUGCUGCUUGAAACUGACGCUGAUCGACCCUGGAACAAGCAGAAUAACAGACAAGUCCUUCUCUGUGAAGUAUCAUGAUAUGCCGGAUGUCAUUGACUUCCUCGUUCUCCGCCAAAGUUACGACGAGGCGCGCUACAGAGUCUGGACACCAAAUGAUCGUUUCCGGUCGGUGAUUGAUGACGCGUGGUGGUUUGGGACCAUAGUCUGUCAGGAGCCAUAUCAGCCUGAGUACCCCGACAGCCAUUUCCAGUGUUUUAAAGUCAAGUGGGACAACGGAGAGACAGAGAAGCUCAGCCCUUGGGACAUCGAGGCCAUUCCAGAAGAUGCCCAGCAGCCGGAGUCGGAGGGUGCAGGAGUGCCGGUCACUAUCGAGGAGAUGAACGACAUCCUGUACAAGCCUCGAGAGGGGGAGUGGGGGGUGAGGAGUCGAGAGGAGGAGAGCGCUCGGAUCAUAGCAGGAAUAGAUCAGCUCAUCACAGUGGAUAUCGCUGCCCCCUUCUCUGGCCCGGUGGACCUGACUCAGUAUCCUACGUACUGUACUGUAAUAGCCUACCCCACUGACCUGGGCACCAUCCGCAUGAGACUGAAGCACAAUUUUUACAGGAGAGUUUCUGCACUAAUUUGGGACAUAAGGUAUAUUUUUCACAACGCGAGGACCUUCAAUGAGCCACGGAGCAAGAUUGCACAGUCAGCGAAACUCAUUACAGAUGUUCUCCUAAAGUUUAUUAGCAAAACACAGUGUAUGGACAUUAUGGAGAUCUACAAUGCAGUUGAAAAUAUGGAGUACACAGAGGACGAGGAGCUGGAAGAUGUUGAUGCACCUGGCACCUCUGCUGGACGAAGAUCACACCAGCCUUCAGUAGAAGUGGUGCAAGAUAGAGACGCCUGGAAAGACGCAUGCAAGCAGCUUCUGGACUACAUGUUCGAGUGUGAGGACUCCGAGCCCUUCCGUCAGCCUGUGGACCAGAACGAGUAUCCAGACUAUUCGAAUAUCAUAGAUACUCCCAUGGAUCUGGAAACCGUCCGGAGAACCCUUGAAGAAGACCACUAUGAAAACCCCACAGACUUAUGCAAAGACACCAGGCUCAUUUUUGCUAACGCUAAAGCCUACACGCCAAACAAACGCUCCAAGAUUUACAGUAUGACUCUGCGACUGUCUGCGUUAUUUGAAGAGCGCAUUCGAAAGAUCAUAUCUGACUACAGGACUGCAGUGAAGAGCAGCUUGAGGCUGCGCCGCAGUCAGAGGUUCAGAAAGAGGCUCCAGCAGCAGGAACCCACUGUUCCUGUCACCAGGCUGGAAUCCACCAGUCAGAAGAGAGCUGCUGUUAAAACUCAGGAACAAGUGGCUCCGCCUACAAUCAAAUCUACCUCAGCCAAAGUGUCUGCACCGGAGCGCAGCCGGAGGAAGAGGAAGAGGCGCAGAUCCACCUACACAUCAGCAGAUGAUUACUCUGAGGGCUCCAAUAAGAGCGCAUCGUCUACAUCAGACUCUGAUAGUGAAGCGUCUGUCAGUGAGCUGGAUGACAAUAAAAGCCCUUCAUCAUCUCGUCAGUUCAGACGGGAGACAAGAGCGACGAGGAGAGCCAUGCAGAGCAGGGAGUCUAAGAGGAAGCAGGUCACUGAGAGCAGGAGUGAGGAGGAGGAUGAUGGUGAAGAUUCUGAUAAAUCCAGCUCAUUAGAGCGACUUCAGUCGAGCAGGAGCAAGAACAGGACCACGCGACUAACCAGGAACUCUGCUGCUGACCGCAGGAAGACGGAGAGCGGUGCUGAGGUAAAUGGUCUGAGCAGAUCGUCUCGUGUGGAGCGCAGGAGAGCGCGGCGCAGUAGUGGUUCUGAUGAACCUUCAGACAGAGAAGAGAACUCGCCGGCCCGGAGGCCGAGAAGAACUGCAGUGGCUGCGGUCAGUAAAAUGAAGCUGAUGGAUGCCUCAGAGGAAGAUGACGGUUCUGAGCAGGAGGGCCGUGUGAGGAGUGGCGGCCGGCAGCCCCCUCGCACCAGCAAACGUGCCACGGUCAUCCAGAGCAGCUCAGAGUCUGAGGAGCACGACCAAAAAGAGUCGAAUAACAGUGAAGAUUCAGCCAGUGAGGAGGAGAAGAGCGAGGAGGCCAGCGCGGACAGUGACUUCUCUCCUUCACAGCAGAAUGGCGAGAGUAAAAGAGCCAGCCGGCGAUCAUCUAGGAGGGCUGUCCUGGAAGAAGAUGAUUCUCCUCAAGUCAACGGGCACAGCAAACACCUCGACCGAGAGGAGAGUGAAGAAAACGAUGGAGGAGAAAGUCCAAAUGAAAGCGCACAUGAGGAGGAGGAGGAAGAGGAGGAGGAGGAUUCCAUCAGCAGAAGGAAGGUGGUCAGGAAGACCACAAGAGCUGCGGUCAGUAAAAUAAAACAACUUGACGACAGCGAAGUGGAAGAAGAAGCGAAUCGCUCCAGAACCAGACGACAGAGGAAUCCUCCAUGUGAGCAGGAGACCUCCAAAAGCUCCGAUGAGGAGGCUCCAAAGGCUGAGAAGCACCCUCAUCAGAAUGGACGGAAGGUGAACAAACAGGACCUUAAAUACUCAGAGAAAACGAGUAAAACAACUUUAAAAAGCCACGAACCAGCAUCUGCCUCAAAAGCACGCGCAAUCCCCGCAGCCACAGCAGCAUUAAAGUCAGGUGCUCACAAAUCAGGAGAACUGAGCAGAGUCUCAAAACGCUCUGGUGCUUCAAGAAGAAAAAUCAAGUCAGAAGAUGAAGAUGAUGUGAACAGAGAGAAUGGGAGCAGCAGUGGAGAUGAGGCAAUCGCGAAAAAAAACAAAUUAAAGACAAAGUCUGAGGGUUUGGAUGGCAGGUCCAAUUCUUCUGACUCUGAAAGUGAGGAGGUCCCGAACUGGAGAAGCAAGAAGAAAAAGAAGAAGAAUGAGGCUGCUUCUUCCGAAGAAUGGCAGCAGAGUGAGGAAUCAGAGCUGGAGGAGAAACCCAGGAGGAGACCUACCCUGAGAGCCCUCCCCAAGAAGAAGUACAUCGUGGACUCUGAAGAUGAUGAUGAUCAACCAGUGAAUGGGAAGAGCAGUGCUGGCUCCGUUAAAGAGCCCUCAGGAGGCUCCAAGAGGAAACGUGUCAGGAGUUUGGAUUCUGAAGAUGAAGGAGAAGAUAAAGGCGGGACCAGUGAUGAUGAAAGCGAGAGUGAGAAACGUUCUGGAAAAAGCCGAAAGUCCUCCAAGCACUUCAAACCAGGUUCGGAGUCCGAAAGUGAUUCUUUAUGUAGAAGGAAAGCGCAGAACGGUCCUUUGCGCAGGCAGCACCGUCCGUCGGACGAGGAGCUCUCAGGCAGACGAGGAAAGCGGAGAAAUCUGAAACGGAAGCGCGACAAAAGCUACAGCAGCAGCAGCAACAGCGACGGCGGGAUGAGCUCGGACAGCCAGGAGUCGAGCGAGGAGUCCAGCUCAGGGUCACAGAGCAAUUCAAAGAGACACGCCACGACGAGGCUGAGGAACCGCAAACGAGGCGCUGGACGUCACAGUUCAGACAGCGACACCUCCUACGGGAAUGCCAGGAAAAUUCGGACCAGAAAUUUAGGCAAACGGACCGUGUGUUACCGAGACAGCGAAUGAAGACUGCGGAAAACAUCUCAGCAAGUGAAAACGUCGUCAAUGAAUUUGAUAUAUUUAAUAUUUCUCUUUGUGAGAGAGCUGUAAGAAUAUCAUAGGGUUAUUUAGCCAGAAGCGUUGUAUCACACUCUUAAAAAAGAAAAUGGUUCUUUAUAGAACCAUGGACACUCAAAGAACCCUUUGCAUUAUAAAAAGGUUCUUUGCAUGGUGAAAUGGUUCUUCAGAGUGCUGUAGAUGGUUUUAUAUAGAACCUUUUUGGCAAGGGUUCUAUAUAGCACCAAAAAGUGUUCUGCUAUUGCUUCUACGUCAAGCUGUAACAGUAGAAGACCCCUAUCUGGAACCCUUUGUAGAAACAUCUACAGCACAUUCUCCAUCUAUCUGAAAAACCUUUUGUGAUGCAAAGAACCCUUUACUCAUACAAAGAGUUCUUUGUGUCUUCAUGGUUCUAUAAAGAACCGUUUUCUUUACAAAAGAACCUUUGAAGAACCAUCUUUUUGAAGUGUGUAGUUUUAAGUCAAUUUAUUUUGAGAAAGUAUCUAAAGUUAUGAUGCGGUCGUCACCUUCUGGUUAGCACAACAAUCGCUCCUUCUUCUCCAUUCAGGCGUUCUCUCUUUACGAGAGAACUUUGGGUUCUCAGAUGGGCUCCUUCCUUCACAGGUGCUUUGCUGAUUUAAGCCCCGCAAACACCUCAGAAGGGUAUGACUGCAGAACCAGCAUCCUGUGGUCCCUUACAUAAAACAUCUGUAGUGGAAAAUGGGUUAAAAUCCAUAAUUGUAGCUGAAUUUUAGGCACAAAGCAAAAUUAAUUUACAGCUUUAAAUUUAUACCUUAAGCAUUUAACUUACGUACUUAAUAUUUUAUGUUUCUUCAGUGAAAUUGUCUUAUUGUGUUGGCAGUUUGCUUGCGUUGAGCAUUAAAUGAUGGGCGGUAUGUUGUGGAAAACUGUUAUCUUCUACUCUUAACACUUAUACCUGAUAAAAUGAUUUAAAACAAGUAAAAAUGUGUAGAAAUAGGUUAUACAAUCCUACAAUAUUCUUGCAUCAGUCUCAGAAGGAGAAAUAUUAGAUUCAUCAAAUACAUUUCUGAUUUCACUCGCGGAGUUGUGGUCUUUUUGAGGUGAAGGACCGAUUGGACUGUCUGGGAGAUGAACUGAAGACCUUGAAGACGACUUGAUUGUCCCAGAUAUAAAGAAGAGUAGCAGCACUGGAUUCUCCUCUACAUACUGUGAAUCAGUUUCAGGGAUAUUUAUACUUUCUGUUGGGAAAAAAAAAAAACAAGAUUUCUGUAUAGAUGCUACUGGUUUGGCUGCUCAAACCAGCCCCGUUGUGUUUGUUUUCUGUAAUUUGGCCAACAGGAAUGACUUAUUUAGUGGAGCAUUGUCUGCUUGGGUGCUAUCUUUAAUAUACCUCCUGCUUAAAUUGAGCAUAUUUUGCUGGCUUGCACUAAAACGGCACACUGUACUGAGGUAUUUCUACACUAGAUCUGCAUUAGAAACUCAGGGGUCAACUACGUUUACCAUUUUCACAGACUUAUUUUUCCUUGUUUGUUUGUUUGCUGAGGUCGAGGAUGAGGGUUGUGCGUAACUGUGAUGAGCGUUCUUCCUUGAUUAUUGACACUCCUUGAAAAAGCCACAUGAAUUGCAUUCUGUUCUUGUUUAAGGGAUUUUUUGAGCCGAUGACGUUCAACGUUUCCUAUUUUUUUCUAUUUGAGUUAGGCUGUACAUACAAAAUAUGAAUUCUUUUUCUUUCCAGAGUUUUCUGAGAAUCACUUUGUAGCAAAAGCUUUGCAUAUUUAAAUUUGUCGAGUAUUAUUUUGUAUGAAACUGAAAGCGUUGUCUUGCCAUAUUGUAUGAAUUGGUACAUAUUUGCUAAGUACGGGGAAUCAAAUCAGUACUUGCUGCAAAAAUAGUGUGAUUUCUCAUAUUGGGAAGACGUUUUAGUGAUCUGUUUAUGUACUUUUCAGUAUUAAUUCAUUUUCCCACUUUAACUUAUGAACGGUGAGUGACUUUUGUACCCGUCUGAUUGACUUCAGUAGUGUUGGAGCUGAUGAAAGCUGUCCUGACAUUUUUUCUUAAUGUCUUUCUUUUGCAUAAAGCGACUCUUUAAUGCCAGUUUCUCUGAUGUGGAGUCUGACGGAUGCUGAAGUGAGAGCUGGUUGAGUUUAUGAUGAAUAAAAUAGCCUGCAGUUUAACGGCAGAACUGA